CGAAGCAAACCGCAGCAGCAGCCCAGCAAAGCAGCGAGAGCGUGGUCCGACGGCUCAUUUUUCACUCGGUUCUUGUUUAAGUUUUUUCGUUGUUCCGUUUCGAGGGUUUUUCCGGUGCGUCCAGAACCGGUGCCAUCGGCCACAGGUGCGCGCGCGUUCGGCUGCAGACGGAAGUUCGUGUGGAAUUGUGCGUAAAAUCCCGUUGGAGGAAAAUUUGCUAGCCCCAAAAAAAAGUAGGGAACCAAUUUUCACCUUUUUAGACAGUUCGGUGUGAGUGAGAAAGGGGGAGGAGAGUGAGGGAGAGACGAUUUUCGCCGCUGUCAAAAAAAGGAGCGACUUGCUGUCAGUUGUUGUUUUUGGUGGCAUUUUGUGCGAUUUCGCAGCGCAGCACCAGGAGGAAAAUUCCGGACGUUUUUGCUUCUCGCGUGUGUGUUCGUGGUUUGCGGUUGGGUCAGGGAAAUCGGUACGGCCGGAAGUGACCGCGAGUGUGUCCGCGUUACGGAUUGCCGCAGGCUGGGGGGUUCGCGAACUUAGUGCGUUUUUCUUUUUUUUUGUUUUCUCUUUAGUUGACACCGUGCUUUUUUUAUUCGCGGUGCCGUUUUUACGGGAAAGAGGAAGAGGCUGGAAGAAGAGAGCUGGUUCCCCACACGAGGUGAAGAGGCAAAAGUGAGAAUCGAUAGUGAGCAGCAAAAGAUGAACACAAAAUCCGACACGAAUCGGCAUGUACUAACGAUCCAGGCGAAAAAGAAGCGUCAUAAGGCAGCGAAGAAGAAGGCCAAACAACAGGCAGCGGCCGCGGCGGCAGCAGCAGCAGGUGGUGGUGGCCAGCAAUCUCCGGAUGAUGAGAUGAGUUCGGUUACGGCGGCGGCGGCGACGGCGACAACGGUGGUGGCGAACGACAAUCAGCAGCAGCAGUAUUCGUCCGGGUUGAGCAAGAAGAACUCGAGCUCGACGGAGACGAUCGAGGACCGGGACGACCGGUUGUUGGACGAGGACGGUGCGGGGUACAGUGAUGAUGACGAGCGGGAGGGUGAGCAGGAGGCGCGGGAGGAUUACUGCCGCGGGGGUUAUCAUCCGGUAAAGUUGGGCGAUUUGUUCCUGCAGCGGUAUCACGUCAUCCGGAAGCUCGGGUGGGGUCACUUUUCGACGGUGUGGCUUAGUUGGGACCUGGAGGAGAAGCGGUACGUGGCGCUGAAGAUUGUCAAGUCGGCGCAGCACUUUACCGAUACGGCCAAGGACGAGAUUCAGAUUUUGAAGUCGAUUCGGAACGCCGAUCCGGCCGAUCCGAAGCGUAACAAGACGGUGCAGCUGCUGAACGACUUCCGGAUAACGGGCGUCAACGGGACGCACAUCUGUAUGGUGUUUGAAGUGCUGGGGCACAAUUUGCUGAAGUUGAUCCUGAAGAGCAACUAUCGGGGAAUUCCGCUGGUGAACGUCAAGUCCAUCAUCCGGCAGGUGUUGGAGGGUCUCGAUUACCUGCACGGCAAGUGCAAGGUCAUCCACACGGACAUCAAGCCGGAGAAUGUGCUGCUGUGCGUGGACGAGAGCUACAUCCGCAAGUUGGCCUGCGAGGCAACGGAAAUGCACACGAUGGGCUGUCGGCUGCCGUACUCGUUAAUCUCCGCCGCGCCCCCGCAGUUCCAGGAGCAACCGCUGAGCCAAAACAUGAGCAAAACCAAGAAGAAAAAGCUCAAGAAAAAGGCGAAAAUGCAAACGGAGUUGAUCCGGCAGCAGAUGGAGCACAUCCAGCAGCUGGAGUUUGGCCCUCAGCUGGAAAACGGCGACUGCCAAGAUCCCAAAAUGGACCAGGACCACACCGCAGCGAACGCGGAAUCCCCGCGCCUGCUGCUGAACGGUGACCGCUCCGGUAGCGGUUCCUCCGACGAGGACGAAUCCGCAGCGCCGCCCCAGAAGCCUUCCAGCAACUCGUCGGCCCUGACCAGCCCGGACGCGUCCACUUCCAACAACAACAGUGACGACGUCCUCGGCGGCGGCGAAAAGGCAUCAUCCGCAGAUUCCCCCAACCCUGCCACCACAGCUUCCGCGUCCUCCACCGCCUCCAAAACCACCCUCGACAUCAGCGAGUCCAUGCGGAAGAUUCUGUCCCACGUCAAGGAGCGCAAGGACCCCGCCUUCGAGAUCUGCUCCGACGUCGAGGUCAAGAUCGCCGAUCUCGGCAACGCCUGCUGGGUGGACAAACACUUCACCGAGGACAUCCAAACGCGCCAGUACCGCUCCCUCGAGGUCAUCAUCGGCUCCGGCUACAACACGUCCGCCGACAUCUGGAGCACCGCCUGUAUGGCCUUCGAGCUGGCCACCGGCGACUACCUGUUCGAGCCGCACUCGGGCGACAACUACUGCCGGGACGAUGACCACAUCGCACACAUCAUCGAACUGCUCGGACCGAUCCCCAAGCGGAUCGCCCUGUCCGGCCGGAUGUCCAACCACGCGUUCAACUCCAAGGGCGAACUGCGCAACAUCUCCGGCCUCAAGCCGUGGGGCCUCGUCGACGUGCUGCGGGAAAAGUACGAGUGGCCGCUGGAGGACGCGAUCGAGUUCGCCGACUUCCUGACGCCGAUGCUGGAUUACGACCCGAAGGGUCGCGCCACCGCGUCCGAGUGUUUGAAGCACUCGUGGUUGAAGCAUUAAGCAAGUGUGAUGGUGUGAUGGGUGGGUGUGUGCGCGGGACUGUGGGGAAAGAGGAACAGACCAAAUUGUGUGGAAACAGAGGCCAGUGACAGCGGAAGAAGCGAGGACUAGCCCGGAAGCAGCGCAGCGCAGAUACAGUAGGAAAAAUUCACAACUAUUAUUGCACACCGGAUCGGAUUGUGGCGGUGGCCAGCAGUUUGUUGCCGGCCAAGCAAAAUUUCACACCGGCCGCCGAGAGCAGCAGCAUCAGCCAACGGAACUGUAAAAUAAAAUUGCUUGCUUGAAUCAUUGAACAUAGAAACCCAGAACCAGGAGAGGGAGCGGCAGAGCUGUUUCAACUAGACAAAAAGAAUUACAUAAAAAAAACAACAAACACACACACACACAGACUCACAUUCACAACAAACACAACUUUAUGAGAUAUGCGAUAAUAAAAGCAGUGAGAGAAAGAGAGAGGAGAAUGAGGAUGGUUAAACCAGACUCGAAAAAAUAAAACAAGAAAUCCUUAAAUAUUUUAUAUCGACACUACCGAGAAAAGUAAAAUUCGGAACCAACUGAACGAAAAAGAUGAUAGAACUAAGUACGGUUGUGCAACGGUUACAGCGUUGCGUCCAACCGACCGUUUCGAGAAAACGUCCCUUCUAGCAAAAAAAAAAAGGACACCGACCCAGAUCCGGUGCAGCAGCCGUGUGAGAGAGAGAGAGGUAGGUGGUGAAGGGGAAAAACUACUGGAAACGAGGUAUUUUGCUCACAGACAAGCAGAGUUGACAACUUUUUCGAUUCUGGUUGAGUUUUGCACCGCCCAAAAGCUUUCCAGUCUGCUUGUCUGUGCUGCUACUUCGUCCUGGAAGAACGUGGCAAAAGUGCUGGAAUCAGACAGGAAAUGUCAGAACCAACUCCAGUCACGCGCAGCAAUCGGAGGGGGCGAGCGGGGUCAAGAGGGGAAAACCGGGAGCAGAACGAACGACCAAUCUUCAUCUUUUCUAUCGUCGUCGUAUUCUUUGGGUAUUUUUUUCUGUUUGUAGCGUUGAAUUACACGGAAAAUAUCAAUUUCAGCUAUAAAUCGUAAAUAUGAAUAUUCGAACCGUGAAUCACUCGUGAAAUUGCAUAAUUCAUGAUUUCAUGGUUUCAAAAAUCUAUAAAAAUCAGCAUUGUGACCAACUCCGUCGAACAAUCAAUUUCCAUGGUAAACAUGAAAUUGUCCCAACUUGUAAAGAUCGGCGAAUGUCUCCCGUUGGAACAGCCUUUGGCGACCGUUCACUCUACUGCCAAUUAUAUCGAAAUAACAGUUUGCAUAAUCAGUAUCAAAAUCCAUGAAGUUUGAUACCCAUAUUGCCCAAAUCUCAUAUAAUUCGGUAAAUGUGUCCUCGUCGGAACAUCCCUGAGGGCACUGGCCAACCCAGAAAUUACAAUUUUCAUGUCCAGUAUCAAAACCCAUGAAGUCUGAUACCCAUAUUGCCCAAAUUUGAAUUGUUUCGGUAAAUGUCCCCCCGUCGGAACAUCCCGGAGGGUUCUGGCCACUCCAGGUUUUCGACCAAUUUUCUCGAAAUGUAAAUUUUCAUGUUCAGUAUCAAAUUGCAUGAAGUUUGAUACCCAUAUUGCGCAAACUCGAAUUAUUCCCCCCAUCGGAACAUCCCUGAGGGCAUCGGCCAUUCCAGGUUUUGGCCUAUGUCGUACGAAUUUGGUUCAAACUCCAUUGCUUCAAAUCAUUUUGGUAUUCCGGUUCCACCGGGAACCAAAAAUAUAACCUUGGGACGAAGUUCUUGUCAAAAAGUCAUGAUAGAGGAGAAAAGCAACUCGCGACCAAAUUUUGAGGCUAGGAAUUUUGACAGGUAUGAUUUUCAUAAAGUAUUCGCCUCCUUUUCUCUCCCACAAAAAAAUUGGGGACAAUGUAGCUGUCAAACUAGGCCAAAAUGUUAAAGUCAGUCACAAAAUGAACUUUGAGUGAUUUGAGUUCAUUUCUGACGUCACGAUUUUUUCCUCUAUAGCAUGAAUAUUAUUCAUGAUUUCAUGAAUUUUGUUCAUGAUUUCGUGACUUUGUUUUCACAGCUCACGAAUAUUUAUAUUCACGAUAUCAUGAAUAAAGUUUCAUGAAAGCUGAAAUGUUUGUUUUCCGUGUACUUUGUACUUUGCUUGCUAUCGAGUCUAGCUCCUUUGUCUUCUUUACCCCCGGCCUGGUCCUUCCAAACCGAUGGAUUUCAAGUCAAACGAUUACAGAAGAGAUAGAAAUGAAACAAACGGUUCCAAUCGAUCUGAGACAACACGUGACAUUUGUGGUCAUUAAAUUAUCACCCAGAGAAAGAGGUAACAAUAACGUUUAGUAACUUAUGAAUAGUUAGCUGGAAGGAAAACAAAAAAUAAAAAAAGUAAAACAUAAAAUAAAUUUAACUUAUGGCGGCAAACCAGGACAACUGUCUGUGUAAUCCUAAUACUGUUGAUAGAGAAAAAAGAAACAAAUAAAAUUGUGUGAAAUUGAUGGCACAUACAGGCACUUUUUAAAAGAUAAUAACAGAAAAAUUGAAAGAAAGUAAGCAAAAAAGAGAAUGCAGCAUUAGUGGAACAUUAAAACAAAAACUAUACAUAACUUUCGUGCAUAGAAAAAUUAUACAGACACAACAAA